UUCGUCAUAAAAAUCUCGUCUUUUUCUUGAUUUCUUUCAAUCUUCUCUACUCCAUUGAAGAGGGAUCGAACCCUAAAGCCAAAGGGUGAAGCCAAAAAGGAAAAAAAGCUGAAAAAACAAGAUCAUUUUUGGGUCCAAGAGGAAGAGAACAUUUGGGGGAAAACGAGUCCUUAUUCCUCCCAUUGGAUCGAUUUCUUUGCUUUUGUUUGUCCACUUGUUAAUCCCAAGUAUUCUUACUUGUGAUAAUAUCGAGAAACAGAGAAAGUGAACUAUUAAAGCUGUUUAGGGUUCUUCUUGUCUUUGUGUCGUUUCUUUCUCUUUCCCAUUUAUCAUUAGCUAAAGAUUGAAUGAUGGGAGGAAUGUCUGCGGACAACGUCCAUGGACUCAUUCUAGCUCUUUCAUCCAGUGUGUUUAUUGGGUCGAGUUUCAUUAUCAAGAAGAAGGGUCUCAAGAAAGCUGGCUUAACUGGAACCAGAGCAGGUUCUGGAGGGUACUCAUAUUUGUUGGAACCUUGGUGGUGGGCUGGCAUGAUAACUAUGAUAGUUGGGGAAAUAGCUAACUUUGCUGCAUAUGCUUUUGCUCCUGCAAUUCUAGUAACCCCAUUGGGAGCUCUAAGCAUUAUCUUUAGUGCAGUGCUGGCCCAUCUCAUUUUGGACGAGAAACUCCACAUCUUUGGUAUUGUCGGUUGUGCUCUUUGCUUAGUGGGUUCAACCACUAUAGUCUUACACGCUCCACAAGAGAGAAUAAUUGAAUCUGUUAAGGAAGUGUGGAACCUCGCCACUGAACCAGGUUUCUUGGUUUAUGCUGCGGUGGUUUUGGUUCUUGUUGUGGUCUUAGUUGUUUUUGCACCACGUUAUGGGACGAAGCAUAUGACUGUGUACAUUGGAAUAUGUUCACUUACUGGAUCACUUACGGUUAUGUGUGCGAAAGCAGUGGGAAUAGCUUUAAAGUUGUCUUUUUCGGGGUCUAAUCAAUUCGUAUACUUUCAGACAUGGUUUUUCAGUGUUGUUGUGAUAAUUUGUUGUGUUUUGCAAAUAAACUAUUUGAACAAGGCCUUGGACACAUUCAAAACAGCCGUUGUUUCUCCUUUCUAUUAUGUGAUGUUCACUACUUUAACUAUUUUAGCCAGCGUCAUUAUGUUCAAGGAUUGGGACUCGCAAAAUGCUUCACAGAUAGUGACAGAACUUUGUGGUUUUGUUACGAUUUUGUCGGGGACUUUUCUUCUUCACCGAACAAUGGACAUGGGAGAAGGAGGAGGAGGUAGCAGCGAGAGGGCAGGUGAAACGCCGGUUUUCGUGUCCACUACCCCGAACCUUAGCCCUCAACAUCCCAGGCAUUCAGAUUUGUAGAACUUUCUAUUUCAUGUGUCUAGUCUAGCUAGAUUUUGGCAAUUUUCAUAUUUACAGAAAUGAAUAUCCAGCAACAAAAAAAAAAAGAGUUUGAAAAUGUCAAUCAGAACACAGAAGAUUAUUUGAAGAAGUAUAUAGAAAAAUGUUUGACAAGUUCAUUUUAAUCC